CCUUUCCUCUUUCCUUACUUUUCAGGCAGAAGCAACCGCAGCAUUUUCCCGCCAAGUUGAUCAGCUCAGAGCGAUCGAGCGACCUCCAUGAAUCGCGAUCAAGCUCGAGGAAGAAGCCCACGAGGCGGACGAGGCUCUGGGAAUCGCGGCCAAGGCCGAGGAAACCCCCGAGGCGGUCGACAUUCUCAGCCACAGCGCUCCACUUAUGAAUGGCGUCCAUCUCAAAAAAAAGAUGCACUUUCUGAAGCUGAGAAACAGAAGGAAUGUCUUCCAUCUGAAAGAAAAUUGGAAGGAAUGGCGAUCAAACAGCAGCCUGGAGCUGGAAUUCAUGGACCUUCACCUAAUGACUUUGCUGGUAAUAAGGAGGGUUCGUCAACAGGUGAAAUGGGAAGUCCCCAGGACAUGUUUCCGUGUAGCUCUUCAAAGCAUCCUGAGCAUAAACCUGUCUGGAGUCAAGAAAAUCGGAAUGAAUGGCCUCCAUCUGAAAGAAAAUUGGAAGGAAUGGCGAUCAAACAGCAGCCUGGAGCUGGAAUUCAUGGACCUUCUGCUAAUGACUUUUCUGGUAAUAAGGAGGGUUCGUCAACAGAUGAAAUGGGAAGUCCCCAGGACAUGUUUCCUUGUAGCUCUUCAAAGCAUCCUGAGCAUAAACCUGUCUGGAGUCAAGAAAAUCGGAAUCAAUGGCCUCCAUCUGAAAGAAAAUUGGAAGGAAUGGCGAUCAAACAGCAGCCUGGAGCUGGAAUUCAUGGACCUUCUGCUAAUGACUUUUCUAGUAAUAAGGAGGGUUCGUCAACAGAUGAAAUGGGAAGUCCCCAGGACAUGUUUCCGUGUAGCUCUUCAAAGCAUCCUGAGCAUAAACCUGUCUGGAGUCAAGAAAAUCAGAAGGAACGGCAUCCAUCUGAAAGAAAAGAUGCACUUUCUGAAGCUGAGAAACAGAAGGAAUGGCCUCCAUCUGAAAGAAAAUUGGAAGGAAUGGCGAUCAAACAGCAGCCUGGAGCUGGAAUUCAUGGACCUUCUGCUAAUGACUUUUCUGGUAACAAGGAGGGUUCGUCAACAGGUGAAAUGGGAAGUCCCCAGGACAUGUUUCCGUGUAGCUCUUCAAAGCAUCCUGAGCAUAAACCUGUCUGGAGUCAAGAAAAUCAGAAGGAAUGGCAUCCAUCUGAAAGAAAAGAUGCACUUUCUCAUGCUGUGGAACUGAAGGAAGGACACAACUCAACUGAGUUUGUGGAAGUUAAUUCAAAAGAAGUAAAGCGCUCAGUUGCCUCAGAUUCGGGCCAUAUAGGGGACAUUUCUUCAUUGUCUAGUCUUAAUCUUUCCCACAAUUUGCAUAAGGGAGUAGAGAGAAUGCAGAUUGGAGAAAACUUUAGGAAGAUGACAAGGGGUAGUGACAAUCAUAUGCAAUCUAAAUCAGAAGCCAAAGACAAGCCGUUCCCUAUCAAGAGUCCUAUAAGUUCAUUUGGCCAUCAAAAACCAGAGCUUUCUGAACACAAAGCAGUAGACUCUUCUUUUGAUUUGUGCCCAACCAAAGCCAGCGGUGCUGUUACUCUAAAGACUUCUCUUCUUGUACAGAAUAGAGAAAGGAAGAAUGAAAUCAAGCGCUCCAUGGAACAACCAAUUGAAAUUGUUUUACAGUCUGGAAUGGUUCUUCUUAAAAGUUACAUUUCUACCAGUGACCAGAUCAAGAUAGUGAAGCUAUGCCGAGACCUGGGUUUGGGUCCUGGAGGUUUCUACAAACCUGGUUACCGUGAUGGAGCAAAACUGAAUUUGAUGAUGAUGUGCCUUGGUAAGAAUUGGGAUCCUGAGACUAGCAAAUAUGGAGAUCACCGCCCUCAUGAUGGUGCUAAACCUCCAUUUAUUCCUGUUGAUUUCUUUCGGUUGGUUGAAAAUGCAAUAAAAGACAGCCAUUCCCUUAUCAGAAAGGAUUCUAAAGCUAGCAAUUCUGAAUACAUACUUCCUCGGAUGACCCCAGACAUUUGCCUUGUGAACUUCUACUCAUCAACUGGGCGACUAGGUCUCCAUCAGGAUCGUGAUGAAAGUGAACAAAGUCUCCGUAAGCAGUUGCCUGUUGUCUCUUUUUCCAUUGGAGAUGCUGCAGAAUUCUUGUAUGGUGAUCAAAGGGAUGUUGAACUAGCAAAGAAGAUUACACUGGAAUCUGGAGAUGUUCUCAUAUUUGGUGGAGAAUCAAGACAUAUCUUUCACGGUGUAGCUUCUAUACAGCCAAAUACUGCUCCUAAGACCCUACUGGAAGAAACAAAGCUCCAGCCUGGCCGCCUGAAUCUUACUUUCAGAAAGUAUUGAAAAUCUACAACCUUUCAGCUUGCAUAUAUUGCGGUCUUUUCUAGUUGAGAGUCGCUCUAAUCCACAUGCUAGCUCCAUAAUGAACUGUAUGUUUGUAAUGACGGUUUGUGUUGAUAUCUGGUAACGAGCUUUAUUUUGCUGCAAGUAUUGUCAUUUGAAGUAGAGCAUUAGUUCAUUCAUACAGGUUCGUACUCA